AUGGGUUCUAUAUUAUCAAGUUUCAGCAAGGGGAAUGACUCGUUGGUACCAGAUUUGAACCUUGACCUCGAAAAUGCCACACCAACCCAAGAAGAAUUUGAUCUUCAUAAACGUGUUUCUUCCCUUCUCCAACCGACCGAUACUCUUUUAAAUUCUUUACGGAACUAUCAAGGGUGCGGAGAACUAAUUAGGAAAGCAAUAUCAAACCCUACACCCGAAAAUGAAGAAGAAGCUUGGAAAGCCGUACAACCUGCAGUUGCAAAACUAAAACAAUAUUACGAGUAUUCUGGUGCGCUUCCUGAAUUGUUAAGCGCUUUUUGUGAAGGGAAUGUUCGAAAAAAUCUCGAAAAAUUUCAGGCACUUACAAAAUUAUUGGCAGAUAUACUGGACUUUGCCUUUGAAUUUGACUAUUUGAAGAUGAGAACACCAUCAAUUCAAAAUGAUUUUUCAUAUUAUCGACGAACACUGAGUCGAGGAAAACUUGCAAAUGAAAUUAAUACCCAUAAUCAUCAGACGGAUUUAAAAGCUGCAAUGAUCGAGGACGAAUUGGCAACCCAAAUUUCCUUAUUUUAUGCAUAUCCCACGACAAUGUUGAAGAAAGUUACAGAUGUAACUGCAAGUUUUGUUGAAAAGAAUAACCUUGGAAAAAGUGUAUCAGAAUGUCUAUCAGGAUUGGCGGCAGCAUGCUAUCAUUCUGUUACAAAGAAGAGGGUUCAACGUCCAGAAAUGGUCGAUUUUUGUUUACGAGUAAUGGUUGUGUCAAUUAUUUUAUAUGAUCAUAUCGAUCCGCAAGGUGCAUUUAAUAAGCAAUCACCAAUUAAUGCAAUUCAAACCCAUGGUAUAAAUGAAUACACAAAUCUAAUGUCUGCAUUGCGUUAUAAUACCAAACAUUUAAAUGAUGAUUCUACUCCAAAAAACGUAAAGCAGUUAUUAAGUGGCCAUUAA